AUGAAACUGUACAAUCAUCCAAAGCUAGAGUUGUUUACAGCUUCGGAAAAAAUAAUUUGGUCACGUCGUUUGGAGGAAUAUGGGAGGAAACUCUCGAAAGAGGGCAGUCUGAAUUGGUCUGACCUGAUGAGAGCUCCCAACCUUCAGUCACCCUCAGCCAUCCACAAACGAUCAACUGAUGCACUGGAUAGAUACUACCAACCACGUGCAAUGGCAAGGGACUACGACCAAUCAGGGCGUCCGAUGAGGUGGAGUUACUUGCCCUACGACGAAGGCAGAUACUUGAAGAUGAAGAACAACGCAAGGAUCGAUAAGAGGUUCGACUCCGUUGAUUCAUUCGCCAGUGACGUGUUUGGUCUCCUCGAUAAGAGAUCCGAAAAAUGA